GUUUUCAGACAAGAAGGAAAGGCUGAUGCAUCUUAAAACCAAACAGAGAGAAUUCCAAAAACAACAUAAGAUAACUGAUCAGCUGAGAUGGAAAAUAAUGUCUUGCAAGAUGAGGAUUGAGCAGCUGAAACAGACCAUUUGCAAGGAAAAUGAUGAAAUGACAAGACACACCGAGGGGCUGCUGAGGAUUAAAGAGGAGAACCAGAAGCAUUACCGCAGGGCUCAGCGGCACCAGGAGAAGAAGGAGAAGAUCCAGAGGCACAACCGUAGGCUGGGAGACCUGGUUGAGAAGAAGACUUAUGACUUGAAGACCCAAUAUGAGCAUCUGGCAAACCUCCGUCGGACACACAUCCUGGAACUGACGUCAGUCAUCUUCCCCAUCGAGGAAGUAAAGACAAGCAUGAGAGAUCCUGCAGAUGUGUCAUCUGAGAGCGACAAUGCCAUGACCUCUAGCACUGUGAGCAAGCUCGCGGAAGCCAGGAGAACCACCUACCUCUCUGGGAGAUGGGUGUGUGAUGACCACAACGGGGACACCAGCAUCAGCAUCACAGGGCCUUGGAUCACCCUUCCCAACAAUGGAGACUACUCGGCUUACUACAACUGGGUGGAAGAGAAGAAGACUACACAAGGACCUGAUAUGGAACACAAUAACCCUGCUCAUACCAUCAGUGCUGCAUUGUGCUAUGCAACUCAGCUCGUUAACACUUUGUCUCUCAUACUUGAUGUGAAUCUUCCCAAGAAGCUCUGCAACAGUGAAUUCUGUGGAGAGAAUCUCAGCAGACACAGGUUCACACGGGCAGUGAAGAAGCUGAAUGCUAAUAUCCUUCACCUUUGCUUCUCUCAGCAUGUGAAUUUAGAUCUGCUGCACCCACUGCAUACCCUCAGGAACCUUAUGUACCUGGUCAGCCCAGACACUGAGAACUUGGGCAGGUCUGGACCCUUCGAAAUCAGUGCUGAUCUGGAAGACUCCAUGGAAUUCGUGGAUCCCAGCGCCGCCGGCGAGACGGACGAGAGCGGAGAUGAGCACGUGAGCGACGAGGAGACUGACCUGGGCACAGACUGGGAGAACCUGCCGAGCCCGAGGUUCUGUGACAUCCCCUCCCAGCAGGUGGAGAUGCUGCAGAGCCAGAGCACACAGGUGUCCCAGCCCAUCGCCAGCAGCAGUGCCGGAGGGAUGAUCUCCUCCGCCGCCGCCUCGGUGACCUCCUGGCUCAAGGCCUACACUGGGCAUCGCUAA